GUGGUGACAAAUGGUAGGCGGCAUCCACAGCGACCGCCAAAAGCGUAUCCAGGGGAACUCAUCUAUGCGCGAGUGAUUGACAUCAAUGGUUCACAAUGCACGCUGGAGCUCAAAGUUGCCAGUAUCAAAAACGACCUCAAGCACUUUUCUGAAUGGCACAACUCGGAUCGCGUGAACGCCUUCUGGGGCGAGCGAGGAACUGCGGAACAGCACAAGGCAUAUCUCAAGAAGCAGCUUGUCGAUCCGCAUGUCAUACCAGUCAUUGGUCACAUUGACGGCACGCCUUUCGGCUAUUUUGAGAUUUAUUGGGCCAAGGAAGACAAUAUUGCACCAUUUGCUGAUUCUCAUGAUUAUGAUCGAGGCUUUCAUGCACUUGUCGGUGAUACACCGUACCGUGGGCCGCACGUGGUGUCGCAUUGGAUUGCUUCAUUGACGCAUUACUGCUUCCUGGCAGAUCCCAGGACAAUGAGGGUCAUGUUGGAGCCGCGAGCAGACAAUGAUAAGUUCAUCAACUAUCUCAAUGUGUCUGGAUACUGUCGGGAGAAGGACUUUAACUUUCCUCACAAGCGUGCAGCGCUCAUGACAAUUUCGAGAGAGCAUUUCUUUGAGAGCCAUCCG